AUCUUGGGCGGGACGUGUCUGUACAGAAAUGACUUCUACUGGAUGAAGAACAAAGCUUGCCCGAUGGCAUCCACGGGACACAAUUCUACAUCAAUCUAUCUGGAUCUCCAUGCCCACCUCUCCAGUCUCAACCAUCUAUAAAACUUCUUCUCUGAGGCUACAGCAAUGGCAGUCCCUGAGAGGAACGUGCCCGCCAUCAUGCCCACCCUCUCCAGCAGCUCCUCGCUGGCAUCUCAGGUCCACGCAGCUGCAGUCAACGGAGACAAGACUGCCCUGAACAAGCUCAUCGCAGGGACCCCAGGACUUCGGGAUGCAGAGGACCAGUUUGGCCGCACACCCCUCAUGUACUGUGUGCUGGCUGAUCGCCUGGACUGCGCUGAGUCUCUGCUCAAGGCUGGAGCCAAUGUCAACAAGGCCGACCACAGCCAGAGGACUGCCCUGCACCUUGCCGCACAGAAGGGGAAUUACCGCUUCAUGAAGUUGCUCCUGGCACGAAGGGCCGACUGGAUGCAGAAAGACCUGGAGGAGAUGACUCCUCUGCACCUGGCUACGCGACACAAGAACCCCAAGUGUCUGGCCCUACUGCUCAAACACAUGGCCCCGGGAGAGGUGGACACGCAGGACAAGAACAAGCAAACCAGCCUUCACUGGAGUGCCUAUUACAACAAUCCCGAGCACGUGAAGCUUCUCAUCAAGCACGACUCCAACAUCGGGAUCCCUGACGUCGAGGGCAAGAUCCCCCUGCACUGGGCAGCCAACAACAAGGACCCCAGUGCCGUGCACACCGUCCACUGCAUUCUGGAAGCAGCCCCCACAGAGUCGCUGCUGAACUGGCAGGACUAUGAGGGUCGGACCCCCCUGCACUUCGCCGUGGCGGAUGGGAACGAGGCUGUGGUGGACGUGCUGACCUGCUACGAGGGCUGCAACGUGACCUCCUACGACAACCUGUUCAGGACCCCUCUGCAUUGGGCAGCUCUGCUAGGCCACGCUCAGAUUGUGCACCUGCUGUUAGAGAGGAACAAGCCAGGUACCAUUCCUUCAGACAGCCAGGGUGCCACGCCUCUGCACUACGCGGCUCAGAGCAACUUUGCUGAGACAGUUCGGGUAUUCCUGCAGCACCCGUCAGUGAAGGAUGACCCAGACCUGGAGGGCAGGACCGCCUUCAUGUGGGCAGCUGGAAAGGGCAGCGAUGAGGUCAUCAGGACCAUGCUGCACCUCAAGAGUGACAUCGACAUCAACGUGGCGGACAAGUAUGGUGGAACCGCGCUACAUGCGGCUGCUCUCUCGGGUCACGUGAGCACAGUGAGUCUGCUGCUGGAGCACGGAGCGCAGGUGGACUCCAUGGAUGUGAUGAAGCACACGCCGCUGUUCCGCGCCUGUGAGAUGGGACACAGGGACGUCAUCCAGACACUCAUCAAGGGUAAGGCCAGAGUGGACCUGGUAGACCAGGACGGACACUCUCCUCUGCACUGGGCUGCGCUGGGAGGGAACGCAGACGUGUGCCAGACACUGAUUGAGAACGGCAUCAAUCCCAACAUGCAGGACCUGGCAGGCAGGACACCCUUGCAGUGCGCUGCAUACGGGGGGUACAUCAACUGCAUGGCCGUGCUCAUGGAGAACAAGGCAGACCCCAACAUCCAGGAUAAAGAGGGGAGGACAGCUCUGCACUGGUCCUGUAAUAAUGGCUACUUGGAUGCCAUCAAGCUGCUUCUGGGAUACAGUGCCUUCCCCAAUCAAAUGGAGAACAACGAGGAGAGAUACACCCCCCUGGAUUACGCCCUUCUAGGGGAGCACCACGAGGUGAUCCAGUUCAUGCUAGAGCACGGUGCCCUGUCCAUUGCAGCCAUCCAGGACAUCGCUGCCUCCAAGAUCCAGGCCGUGUACAAGGGCUACAAGGUGCGCAAGGCCUUCCAGGAGCGCAAGAACCUGCUCAUGAAACACGAGCAGCUGCGCAAGGACGCCGCCAAGAAACGAGAGGAAGAGAACAAACGCAAGGAGGCUGAGCUGCAGAGGGGGAAGCUGAAGCGUGCGGACAGGAAGCCGAGGAUAUUGCAGCUGUCAGAAAAUGAGAGGGCCAGAGCAGCUGCUGGACAGAGCACUCACCCCCUCAGUAAGAAACCAUCACCGACAAAAUCAGAGCCAGCCCCGCCCCGUUCUGCACAGAAGCAGGGUGAUGAGACCCAGAGGAGGAGAGAACGUGGAAGAAGGUCUGCCAAAAGCCAGGAUCAAGAAGCUAAAGAGAGAAGCACAGUCCAGCAGGGUGCCAGCACCCCUGUGGAGCUCAUAUCCAGUGACACUCCUGAAACAGGACCAACACGGAUCCCCAGCUCAUCCAGCGGGGUUUUCAAGAAAGCAGCAACUCCCCCCGCGAGGUCACCUGGGGGCUCCGCUCAGUCCAGGACUGAUGUGGCAGAACCAACCAGACCAGCAAGUAAAGGCUUAAACGGCGGGCGCCACUCCCCCGCCGGCUCCAGCAGGCCGGGCAGCGGCAAGCCUGCAUCGACAGUAAACGGCCGGGCCUCCGGAGUGACCUCACGAGCCGUGAAUAUGACCCCAGACAGAGUGCAGCUGCCCCUGCUAACCCUACGAUCACCCAAACCCCAGAGUACAGCCACAGUCCGCCAGGAGGGCCCCAGCUCUGAACACAUCCUGCCCCAGGACUCCCCUGCCACUCUGUCAUGGCCUAGGCCCCCAGCCGUGGUGUCUGCAGAGCAGCAGCACCCUCUCCGGCACAGUCGUGCACCCUGGCAGGACUCCAGCAUCGAGCUGGUUCCUCUGGAGGUGCGGCUGCAGGUUGUGGAGAAGGAGAGGAUCAGGAAGGAGCUUUUCAGGAAGAAAAACAAGGCUGCUGCUGUGAUCCAGAGGGCCUGGAGGAGCUUCCAGCUGCGCAGAGAGCUGACCGUUCUGCUGGGCAGGUCCGAGAAAGGGGUAGAGCGGGGGAAGCGGGAGAAAGACGCAGUUGCUUUCCUUCUCCGGCUGCUCUGGGAGAAGCCCCUGCAUUGCAGCUCUCUGCUCUCGCCUUCCUCCACCCAGAACACCAAGCCCCCCACCCGGGCCAUGUCUGCCAGAACCAGCCGGCACAGCAAUUCCGUGCUCAAGAGCAUCUAUGGCAGCUCCCAGAACAGACAGAGUAAAUUGGUCAGGAACACAACUCUGAGCUCGAGAAAUCCUUCCCAGCUUCUCUUCGACCUGUCAACCCUCAGCAGCGAGACACACUUAGGUGGCAUGCAGUACGUUCACUUGCUGGAAAACAUCGGGAAGUCAACGCAGUUCUCCUACCACCUGAGGCCAUGCACUUCAGCCAAAAUCAGCAAAUCCAAACUUAGAGUGAGAGGCAGUUACACACUGACUGAAACAGAGUAAGAGCAGCUUGCAUGGUGGUCCUGAUUUGCUUAAAACAAGAAAAUGGACUGAACUCUUGACAGUGUGACUAGUAAGCUCACAAUAUGUAAGCGAAACACACAUACAUACUGUAUAUUUUAAAAGUGUAAUUAUCAAGGCUUUACAUUUUUUCUGUCCAACCCUAUAAGCUCACUGAUGAAAGUAUUAGCCAAAAUGUUUUUCUACUUGACUUCGUACCAGUUUUAUCUAAGCCCUCCCGGUAAAGGUAUGUAUUUAAUAUUUUAACGAAAGCAUGUUUUUUUUUUUGUUUUUUUUUAAUUGAUGUGCUUGUAAAAAUGUUCAGAAUGUUUAUAUUGUAAAUGCAAAUCACAAUCAAUUCUUUCUGAAAAUGAAAGCAUCAGCCAAAAUGUUUUUCUACUUAGUCAGGUUUACCUAAUCUCUUCUUCAGUAAUACAACUCCAUCUGAUCUUUACGUUCUGUGCUGCCCAAAGUUAACGAUGCACUGUAGGGUCAGGAGGAGCCCUUUAACUGGAGAUGUACUGAAUGUCAUGGUGGCAGGAAAAAGUGAAACUAAAAUCUGUAAUGAAUAAAGAACUUUGGUAAAACAACAGAAAUCUUUACAGACUUCUCUACAAGUUAUGUCAAAUCUUCCUGAAGAUUUAAAGUUAAACAUUUAAAAAGUCAAGCAGUUCUCUUCAGCAAUGUGCAUACAUGAGGGGUUUUCCAGCAGUAAUUCAAAGGUAUUCCACCGUUCCAAGAAUAAAGCAAAGCAAUACAAUCUUUACACGAUGUUGUUUGUAGUAACUCAAUGUAGUCAAUGUCAGAUUAUUCCCUUGAGGGCUUUGCUUUUGGGGUGGGGAGUUUUAAACUUGUAUUUGCUCAGUGACACAUUAACCAGGAUAUUCCCAUUGAUCUAACAGCUCAUUCCAACACAAGUGCAUCCUGGUGGGCAGCAAGGGCCGGUUCAUAUUACUUAUAAACACACCAUCUGUUUGGGCCUAAUCCAUUUAAAUAGUUUACAAAACAAGCAAUAACGUGAGUGGAAAAGGAAUACGUAUUUAUUGAUUACCUCUGCUGAACCCAUCUAAUUCUGCUUACGAGAAGUUAUUCAGUGCAGCUUUUAGGGUGACUGUGUGCUUAAACUUUACAUACAGACCCUUAAGUUUAUCAAUGCACAGAAAUGUUGUAGCUCUCCCAUGUGAUACUAUGUAUUUACCAUAGUUUACCAUACCUCUCUAGGCUUUAUAAUUAAUAGCUAUUCUUUACUAAGCUUUAUUACACUGGUAUUAGUAAAAGGAAACCCUGUCCAUCUAUGUUAUUUGCAAUUGCUUUUGCUGCUUUUAAACUUCCAGGGCCCUAUUUAGCAACAAGUACAGGUGCAAAUAUACAUUAGUACAAAAAUAGCAAUAACAUGCACAGAACAAGAAUGUACAGUACCUGCAGCUACACUUGCUAGUGUCAUACUGACAUUUUUAUUUAUUAUUAUUAUUAUUUUAUUUAUUUUUUAAAGGAUUUGCCUUUGCCCUGUACCUGAAUUGCAGCUUUGGUCUUCAAAGUCCUAUUAUGUAGUUUUGGUCUUUUUAUUUGAACAGUAUUUUAAUUUGACUGCCUGGAUCAUUAACUGUGUACAAUCAGAAAGUACAGUGUUAUGUCACAGAUAUGAAUAUGACACGAGUUUCCCAGCCUUUGAUGGCGUGUAUUGAAUGUAAUUACACUAUCGAUUUGAAAUGGUACUUGAAACAAGAGGGCAAAAUGCUACAGAACAGGAAACCUGCUCAAGUUCCACUGUUUUGUACUUGUUUUAUCCGAGACUUUCUUAUAGCAGCGCCAUGGUUCAAAAACCCCUGCUGCUAUCCCACUUUAGUUAAAAAAAAAUAAAUAAAAUAAAAAUCGAAUUUGCAAACUGAAGCAUGCUUCCUAGUUUGCAUUAGCCCUGCGUUUGUUAAUACUAGCUCUGCCUUCACAAUUAAAAGCAUGCAUUCAAUAUUUUUACAAAAUUUUUUUUUUUUUUUUUUAUUGAUAUGCUUGUAAAAACAUUCAGCUUCCUGAAAAAUUAUAUGUAUUAACUUUCUUCUACUUUAGCAGUAUUUUCAGGCAUUUGGCACACUGAACGGCCAGUUCCAGUACAAUAGAUGAUCUGCUAAAAUGUGUAUAUUUAUGUAGCAAUGAAUUACUUAAUGUCAAUAAAUACCUCAUUUCAGUAUAUAUUUUUGUGUAAA